CGGUGGCGUUUUUUUCCUACCCGGAAACCACGGCUCCUGGAUCCCGAGAGGAGCCCGUGUCGCGGCGCCGUGAGACAGACUGGCGUCUAGUCCUCGCGGCGGUCCCGCGGAGCCGGACGCUGCCCCCGGCGCGCUGGGGAGGAUGCUGCCGAGCGGCCCCGGGCCCGCCGCGCGCCGCCGCCAGUGAGCUCUGAGCGGCCGCGGGCGUCCGCCGCGCAGCUGGCCCGGCCGGGCCCGGGGCGCGCCGCUGCCCACCGGGGCGGGGUGGAGCUGAUCAGAAUAAUGUUCAGCAUCAACCCCCUGGAGAACCUGAAGCUGUACAUUAGCAGUCGGCCUCCCUUGGUGGUCUUUAUGAUCAGCGUAAGCGCCAUGGCAAUAGCUUUUCUGACCUUGGGCUAUUUCUUCAAAAUCAAGGAGAUUAAGUCACCAGAAAUGGCAGAGGAUUGGAAUACUUUUCUGCUGCGGUUUAAUGAUUUGGACUUGUGUGUAUCAGAGAAUGAAACAUUAAAGCAUCUCACGAAUGACACCACAACUCCGGAAAGCACAAUGACCAGCGGACAGGCCAGAGUCUCCACCCAGUCCCCGCAGGCCCUGGAAGAUUCAGGCCCAGUUAACAUCUCAGUUGCAAUCACCCUAACCCUGGACCCACUCAAACCCUUUGGAGGGUACUCUCGCAACGUCACCCAUCUGUACUCAACCAUUUUGGGGCAUCAGAUUGGACUUUCAGGGAAAGAAGCCCACGAGGAGAUAAACAUUACCUUUACCCUGCCUGCAGCUUGGAGCUCAGACGACUGUGCCCUUCAUGGUCACUGUGAGCAGGUGGUUUUCACAGCCUGCAUGACCCUCACAGCCAAUCCCGGUGUGUUCCCCGUCACCGUACAGCCACCUCACUGUGUUCCUGACACGUACAGCAACGCCACACUCUGGUACAAGAUCUUCACAACUGCCAGAGAUGCCAACACAAAAUAUGCUCAAGAUUACAAUCCUUUCUGGUGUUAUAAGGGGGCCAUUGGAAAAGUCUAUCAUGCUUUAAAUCCCAAGCUUACAGUUAUUGUUCCAGAUGAUGACCGUUCAUUAAUAAAUUUGCAUCUCAUGCACACCAGUUACUUCCUCUUCGUGAUGGUGAUAACUAUGUUUUGCUAUGCUGUCAUCAAAGGCAGACCCAGCAAACUGCGUCAGAGCAAUCCUGAAUUUUGUCCUGAGAAGGUGGCUUUGGCUGAUGCCUAAUCUCACAACUGCCUGUUUUCUGAGAGAGCCUGAGAGAACCAUAAUCAUUGCCUGCUGAACCCAGCCUGGGCCUGGACACUCUGUGAAUACAUUAUCUUGCGAUGUUGGGUUAUUCCAGCCAAAGACAUUUCAAGUGCCUGUAACUGAUUUGUAUAUAUUUAUAAAGAUCUAUUCAGAAAUUGGUCCAGUGAUGCACGUGCUUCACACUGGGUGCAGCCAGAACCCUUCAGCCUCACCUGUGGACUUGGCAGGAUGAUUCCACGUGGCGCCAGAGAGGAUUCGUGGUCUCACUGCACUGGAGAGGGCCAUGCUGUCUUUACCAGGGUCACAGGGCGUUUCAUUGCUGGUGGGGUUGAGGUUUGCUAUGGUUCUUGUUUCAGCCCGAUAUGUACAGAAUGUUCGAAACAGUCUGCACCUUUGAUAUGAUAUUGCAUUUCCAAAGCCACCAGUCCAUUUUGUGGAUUUUAUGUGUCUGUGGCUUAAUAAUCAUAGUAACAACAAUAAUACCUUUUUUCUCCGUUUUGCUUGCAAGGAAACAUACCUAUCUUUCUAAGUUUUUUUUUUUUCCUUUGAAGAAAAAAUAAAAUAGUCACAUUUUAAUACUACUCUAGUUAGGACAGACUUGUGCUUUUAUCUUGAGUAAAAGGUAAAUAUUUAAAAGUCACCUACAUGGUAAAGAUCUAAGUUUCAUUUUCCACAUUGAUGGUGAGGAACUUGGUCUUGUUUGAGUUGAGUUGGUACAGCAUGUUCCACUUCUUUCUCCUCUGUUGUCCCCUCCAUUAGAAAAGUUAAAGCAGCUUUCUCACUCAAAAAGGCUUAAAAAUUAAGUAAAUGGCUCUAGAGUAGAGUAAAAAUUAGCUAUUCUGUUUUCUGGAAUGUUCUCUCUUCUGGGAAAGAGAGAAGGAUGAUUUGGUUUAAUAGUUGUGAAAGGAUUUCUUGUUUUCUUUGAAGAGGGAGUGGAUUUUCUUUCCUCCUUCUAUUUUUUUUUGUGUGUUUAUUUUUAUGCAAUUAACAUAUCUUCAGAAGGAAAAUGGCAACUGUAGGUCAGUAACAUUAUGAAAAUGAUGCCUGUAAAUUUGAAGGAAAGCAAUUCUGAUUUGCUGUGUAUCGCGAAAACUGAAAGCAUUUUUCUUUCCUAUAACAUUUCGAUGAUCUAGUUCCUUUAUCCUUUUUUCUUUCUAAUCCGUCUUCAUUUUAAAAAAUUGUGUUAUCUUUUCUAGUGCUUUCUUGUUACUCUUAUUCUUACCAUUUUUCUUUUUCUUAAUAGCUCUUUGCCUUAAUAAUUCAUUAUCAUUAAUGACGUCUGUGUUCUCCCAAGCAAUGUUAUAGCAGAAGGGCAAUUAAAACUUUGGACAUGACUGUCAGCACUUCUUUCCGUUAACUCCAGGUCUGUUCUAGAUUAGAAUCAGUCCUGCAGUCUGAAAUAUAUUGGCCUAGAACAUUUUAUCCCAGGCAUUCUUGAAUGGAAAACAAUCAUGGGCCUUUAUCGACUAUUGUUAAAAUAAUCACCAUAGUAACUUGGUAUGUUAAUAUUGCUUUUUUUCCUUUUAGUACAUUUCAAGCGCAGUAAUCAUACUUGUCUAUCCAGUUUUUUUGUAUGAUAUGAGUUGCUUACAUGAUGCAUGGCUAACCUGUUAAUUUAGUUUUUCUCUUUAGAGACUUUGAAACUCUUCUGAGACAAGAUUGAGAAAGAGCCAUUUGGCUUGGCCUUUAGAAACAUCAGUAUCAUUAAGACCAACAUAUUUUAGGUUAAGCUGCUACUGAAUUAAUAAAAUCCCAUUGAAGUAGAGCUAUAGGGAUAGAUUUGUAACUGGCAGAGUAAUAUAAAAGGAGAAAAGUGAAAAAAGUCAAUUUCACUGGUUUGUUCAAUCCAGCUUUUUGCUAAUAUUAGUUACCCUUGUUUUAAUUACAGGGAGUGGCUGGAAUCUGUAGCCAGGGGAGGAGGGACACUGUUAGGCAUGAGGAAAGGAAGUGCCAAAAAUGCCUGGACAGUAUGACUUGUCGUGAGGCCAGGACACACACUUGAAAAUCCAACAUUCACCCUAGUAGGUAAUUCUCAAAGAUCUUAACGAAGCCCAGAGUCAAUCAGGUGUAUAAAGGAACGCUGGGGAGGAGGGAAGGCCGGGGGCCUGGGCGGAGAGGUCUAGGAACUGAAGAGACUUCCAAUGAAUCUCAGGAAGUCCAGAGGACCUGUUACUGUCUGGGCGUUGACAGACAAGGCGUGAUCCUCCACUGUAUCUUGCUGGGGACCUCAGGAUUCGAAGAGUGUCGCACACAGGGCCCGUCUGCCAUUCGGGGUGACCCCGCACAGGAGCACUGGCUCGUCCUCAGGCAUCUUGGACUGGAGGUCCAAUCAAAGGUCAGCAACUUACUAUUAAAACGGUUGUUUCAGAUCAUAUUGAUCUCUUUCCUUUUUCCUUUUUGUCCUUUCACUGUAUGACUGAAUCAGUUUUGAUUCUAUUUGCAAGUUUUUCUUGUCAUAGGAACCUGCCAUUUCUGUUGCAUUUUCUUGGGCAGUCUAGGGAUUCAACCUCCUGGUUUUUCAACCCUCCUGCAGGCACUGUGGGGUUAUGAGGGCCAGCGGAUCCAUUUCACUUAUCUUGCUGCAUGAUGGUCAGUAGCUGAUCUGUUAUGGCAUUCACUCUUAGAUUAAUUUUCUGUGUUUGAACUAUGUGCAUAUGUGCUUUACAGAAUAAAACAUCUGAAUUUA